AUCGGCGUCUUGCCACUUGUUUCCCAGUUCUAGAGCUUCAACAUGUCUGAGACUGCUCCAGCCGCUCCUGCUGCCGCCCCACCGGCGGAGAAGGCUCCGGUGAAGAAGAAGGCUGCCAAGAAGCCUGCCGGAGCGCGCCGCAAGGCGACUGGACCUCCCGUGUCCGAGCUUAUCACCAAGGCUGUGGCCGCCUCCAAGGAGCGCAGCGGGGUGUCCCUUGCCGCUCUCAAGAAGGCGCUCGCGGCAGCGGGCUACGACGUGGAGAAGAACAACAGCCGCAUCAAGCUGGGUCUGAAGAGCCUGGUGAGCAAAGGCACCCUGGUGCAGACCAAGGGCACCGGCGCCUCCGGCUCCUUCAAACUUAACAGGAAGGCGGCCUCCGGGGAGGCCAAGCCCAAGGCCAAGAAGGCGGGCGCGGCUAAGCCUAAGAAGCCUGCCGGCGCAGCCAAGAAGCCGAAGAAGGCGACUGGCUCCGCCACUCCGAAAAAGAGCGCCAAGAAGACCCCUAAGAAGGCGAAGAAGCCAGCAGCGGCUGCCGUGACUAAGAAGGUGGCCAAGAGCCCGAAGAAGGCGAAGGUGGCCAAACCCAAGAAGGUCAAGAGCGCAUCUAAGGCUGUUAAGCCUAAAGCUGCCAAACCCAGGGUUGCGAAGCCCAAGAAGGCUGCACCCAAGAAGAAGUAGGUUUUUAGUCCUACUUAACCCAAAAGGCUCUUUUCAGAGCCACCACAGAUCUCGAAAUAAAGAGCUGCAAGCAUUUGGAUUGCUUUCCCUCAAAUCAGCUUUUGAGUUCUGGCUUAGCGGAGGUCAGGGCUCGCUGGCCUAAACGGGGGUUUGCAUUUCCUUCCUAUCUGCCCUGGUUGUCCGCUGGCUGAACUAGGGGUGAGCCCCAACCGCUUCCCACAGCUGCCCAGCAGCACAAACAAGUAAAACGCCUCCCCCCUAACCCUUUUCUUAGUUAAAGGUUUUCCUCGGAUUGGGCUAAAAGGUAAUUCAAAAGUUCCGCCCUGCUCUCUGGUUGGCCCACUCCCUCUCCGCCUCUGGCUUUCUUUCUGGGCUUAAUUGGAUGGCAGCCGGCAUUGUGUUCUUCCCUAUAUGUUUUGCUUUAGUCAACUUGAAAGUUUACCAUCUAGGAGAAAUUUAAGUGGUCUUUCGCGCGCUUUCCUUCCGAGUUGUCAAAACGUCUCUCCUUGGGAGCAUUUGUAGCCGAUGAGGGUGUGUUCUAGCUCCUGUGGUUUGUUUUUCUAUGCCGAGAAAUUCACUGAAAAGCAGCUGCGGAAAGCCCCCCCCCCCCCUUUUUCCAGAGUAUUUCUGGAUCAGGGAACUCUAGUAUCGCAUAGCUUAUUUGCAAAGCUGUGGUAGGGUUAUAGUGCGUCAAAAACAACUUUUGGUCGGCCAUUUUAGAUCCGACGCGGGUAAGAAUCCUCGCUUGUAGAAGGAUUUCAACUUCCCCAAACCGGAGUUGCUUUAAACUUAUUUUUGUUGUUUUAAUGUGUGAGCUACCCAUGUUUUCAUGCAAUUCUGCAAGUUUAGCCUUUGGUCUUUGUCAGUGUUUGAAUUCAUAUCCAUAUGCAUUCCUCUUUAAAUGCAGAAGGUCUAGUUCCUGUUUUUGUAUUCUGUUGGAACAGAUUUUGGCGAGGCUGGUUACAAGGACCUCCAAAGAGGACAGCAGUUACUCAGUUUCUGCAAGAAUGAAUCUUGUGACAUUUCAUUACCUCGUGGGGUUUAUUAAACAGGGAGAAGGGACCAGGAGGCAGCAAAGAAAAUUUCCCUAGGCUUUCUUCCAGCAAUUUUUAAUUAUCAGUUCUGCAUUAAUUGUAAGUUUUGACACAACGUAUUUCUCAUUUCUGCCUCUUCAAUUCUGAUUUUAUUUUUAACAUAGGCUGAAUUCUAUGGACAUGUAGACUAAAUCUCAACAUUCUGUUUUUGUUCCGUUGUCUUUUCUUCACAGAGGUAUUUUCAUUGCUCAGAACACCUCUGAUGCGUAGGAUUUACUCAAAUAGUAGUGUUUCAUAAAUUGUGAUUUUUUUAAAUAAGAUGAUUCGUUGUGGACAGAAGCUAAUUCCAUUACUGAUGUUCAGAAUUUUUGGUUUCCCCCACACACUUGCCUUUCUGCCACAAUCACAUAUAUACAUAUGUACAUGUGUACCUUUAUUGAGAUUGUGUUAAAUUUAUGAAUUGAUUUGUGGAAGUGGCAGGAUUUUGUGUAAGAAAUUUCAUGUUUUCUGUUUAACUAUGUUAUCUGUCUAGAUAAUUUAAAAUUGUUUCCAAAUAAAAUAUAAUCUUAA